AUGGUUUCCGAAACGUUUACUCAAAAGGCAGAAGCCGUCUCUAACUUACCAACCAGACCUACUGAUAAUGAGCUGUUAGAGUUAUAUGGCUUAUAUAAGCAAGCAACUGUUGGUGAUAACAACACUGAGAAACCAGGUAUGUUUGACUUCAAGGGUAAAUACAAGUGGGAACAUUGGGAAAAAUUAAAGGGUACGCCACAAGAAGAAGCUGAGCAAAAGUAUAUUGCAUUAGUUGAUGAAUUGCUUGCAAAAUACUCUUCUUAA